GCGGUCCAUUCCCCAGUGCGCAUGCGUAGUGGACAUCAGAGCGACUUAUUUCUACGAGGAGGUAUUUCUCAUAAGAGCGGCGGCGGCGAUCAGCUGAGCGGUUGUCAACAGAGGCAACUCAGUUAUUUUCGUAUAGGAGCUUAGUUAACCCUUCUUUUUCCCAAAUGUCUCUGGAGAAGUUGGACCUGUCAGUGGCCCUCAAGCUGGCCUUUGUGGAGGACUCCUUGGCCAAGGUGGAUGAGUACAGGACUCAGCUGCACCAAAAUGCUCAAAAGGUGAAGGAGGAAAUCCACGAUGUUGUGGACCGCCAAGUUGGAUCACUGCGCAUGAGGGAGAGGCAGCUGGUUAGGCAGGUGGAGGUAGUCACAGCACAUGAGACCUGCCGUUUGAGCACCCAGCAAGCUCGUCUGAUGCAUAGCAAGGGGGCACUCUCAGCCACCUCCAGCUUGCUGCAGCGUUGUGUCAGCACAGACUCAAACACCCUGUCCAAGAUCAAGGUGGAUGAAAUGUUCUACUCCCAGGAAGUCCAGCCAGCAAAGCAUGUUUCAGUGCAACUGGACGAAAGUGCAGUGUCCUCAGCAAUAUCUCAGUUUGGCUCUGUUCAGUUACCUGACACCAUCACCCACCACCCCUCUCCUGUCAUUCCUGUAAAGGUUGAAGAGUACGAUGAUGAGGAACAUGAUGUCCUGCACAAGAGUGUGGCCGGUGCUGCUUCUGAACCUAGCAGUGGCAGCGGCAGCAGCAGCGCCCCCAUGCAUAUUACUGUACAAUUUCCUCGACUCAACAAUCAGCACAACAAUUGGCUCUUCAGGCAGCACAGCAAUGGCAACACUUCAGGUGCUGAUGCUCUUAAUCCCUCUAAGCCACAUGCCACUCCUCAGAACAAAUCAAAUGAUGUUGCUGCCUGGCUUGGGGACCUGCAACUGUCCUCCACAGUAACUGGAGAUGAUGAGUCCAGCCUCUUCCACUGUAGUGAGGGUUUUGACAUGGUGGCCACACCAGCCACCUCUGAGAGCUCUAGUAUUGAGAUUGUGCCCCUUCCCCAGGACUGCUCAUCAUUGCCUGGAUCAGGUGUGUGUGAGAUUGAGAACCUUCAUCACUUUAUCAAUGACAAGUCCUGUUGGCUGAGCACCAAGACACUUCCAGAGGAUACAAACAAAGUGACAGAGAAACUGGAUAUCACCUCCAUCUGCCAAGCCAAUGAAACUUGCCACUCUUUUGAGGAGUGUCUGUGCCAAAAUGAGUGUAGGGAGAAGGCACUGGAGAAGCUACAGCAGAGUGCAGACUUUAGGGCCAAAACAAGCCGUAAAAGAACCUUCUCUGAAGCUGAAGGCAUCCACUCUGUACUUGCCCACAUGGCCAAGAUACUCACUUCAGAGAAUUCCCAGUGGCUGCUGAGGAAUAAACAAGAAAAUGAAGAUUCUCCAAGACCUGCAAAGUGUGUGAUGUACAGGCCCCCUGGAGACCAGUGGCUUUGUAAUGGGAACAAUGCUUCCAUUAGGACCUUACCUCAUGCCCAGCUGCCCUCCCACUCCAACACUUGGCUUCUUAAAAACCUCAAAAACCAAAAGAAUGCCCAAGAGAAGGAUGAGAACGAAAUGGAAAAGGAAGCCUGCACAAGAGAGGAUAACAGAAUUACUUCUGAGGCUCUGUCUGAGGCUCUAAAGAGAGUCUCUGUGGAUCCAACCAAGAGGAAUGAGAUGAGCAAUAUUAAUGAAAGUUACAAAAAACUCUACACCUGCCUGCCCUCGCUCACCAUCAAGGAUCAGCCAUGGCUGUUGCCUAGGGUAGUGAAUUCAAACAAAGAGCUUUAUGAGGAUAAUAAGUGGCAGGAUAAAAAGGAUAAAGCUGCCUCCAAACACCUUUGGCUCUCCUCUUCCCAUGAGUUAUCCAGUGCAAGGAGCAAGGAGAGUAGUAGUUUUAAUUUUCCUAGUAAGCUGCAAAAAUCUUCUUCAGUCCAUAGUGGGGAAAAAUCUUGGCUACUUCAUUGACCUUUGAAAGUUCCUUAAAUAUCAUGUAAGUGUCUGUUUCCCUAAAUUGUGCUCUUUUUCCCUUGCCUAUUUAGUACUUGUUUUAAUUUUCUUUACAGUCCUACACUUGAGUCAAUUUAUAUUCUUUCAUUCCAUCUCAGGUUAUGAGAGGUGAACAUCCUUCUCAAGAUACUAAUGUUACAAACAGCAGAUGAAGGGUUCAGCAGUAGGCAAAACUUUGUGGGACAAGAAAGUCAUUUAUACAGUUUAUUUUAAUUUUACUGAUAAAUAAAUUCUAUAGACAAUAUAAGAAUGCCACAGUUUUGUUAUGCAUAUCAUAUUUUCUAUUCUGAAUUAUAUACUUUUAUAUAUAUUUCAUUAUUUACAACAUUUAUGAAGAUUAGGAUUUUUUUUUAGUUAUUAGAGUUUAGGUUGAAAGGAAAGCAGUAGCUAUAUUUCUUAUUUACAAAAGAAAAUAAAUAAAAUUUCAUAAUGCACAUUGUGGAUCAAUUUUGAAGACAAUAUUUUAGUCAUUUGUUUUGAAAAGGCAGCAACAGUGGUAUUUUUUUGUUAAAUGAGGAACCUUGGUGUUGCUGCCUCUAUUUGGAAAAGGAGUUGAUAGUAGGUUUGACUAGUCCCUUGACAUCAAUUAUUGUUAUAUCUAUACAAGAUUUUUGUUUUCAGUAUAAUUGAUCUUGUUUUUUUCUAGUAUAGUGUUGUUCUUUCCUUCAGUAUGUCAGUUUAAGUUUUAUAUCAGUUUUAAUUACACACACACACACACACACACACA